CCAGGGCGCGGGGCAGCCAGCGGGCCUCGGGAGCCGGGCCCGAUGCGGGCGGGCGGGCGGAGCCGCCGAGCCUGGAGCAGCCCGAGCCCGAGCGGAGCAUUUUCAUCUCUCUAGAAAUCUAAAGGGAAGAAUAAGAAAAUAACCACAUGCAAAAUUCAGGAUUGGCAGUUUCAUGCCAUCAGCAAGAAGGAGAGGAUCAGCAAGGGAUCCCACCUACCCAAGUGGCAAAGAGUCAGCCUGCACCAUAUCAUUAUCCUGGAAGUCAAAGAACUUUGGGAACUAUGGGACCAUCCACAGUUGGGUCUCCUUCAUUGCUGUCCCAGGGUCUGCCCAGGAGGAAUAGCGCUCCCACUUUCAGGACUGAUUCCCUGGAAAGGCAUACCACAUGGAGCCCCUUGCUGACCUAUUUCCAUUUGUAACCAAGCCCUAUGCUGGGCCAACCAUGGAGGAGGGACCCGAGCAGGGUCUCACCUCUGGAUGAGCAACAUAUUUAGAUGCUUGACAUAGUUUUGUAUGUAAGACUGCCGCAAUAUUAGAACCAUGCCUCCAAGACCAUCAUCCGGUGAAUUGUGGGGCAUCCAUUUGAUGCCCCCAAGAAUCUUAGUAGAAUGUCUACUACCUAACGGAAUGAUAGUGACUUUAGAAUGCCUCCGUGAGGCUACAUUAGUAACUAUUAAACAUGAGCUAUUUAAAGAAGCAAGGAAAUACCCUCUUCACCAGCUCCUUCAGGAUGAAACUUCUUACAUUUUCGUAAGUGUUACUCAAGAAGCAGAAAGAGAAGAAUUUUUUGAUGAAACACGGCGACUUUGUGACCUACGGCUUUUUCAGCCUUUUCUAAAAGUCAUUGAACCUGUAGGCAACCGAGAAGAAAAAAUUCUCAAUCGAGAAAUUGGUUUUGCUAUUGGUAUGCCUGUUUGUGAAUUUGAUAUGGUUAAAGAUCCAGAAGUACAAGACUUCCGAAGAAACAUUCUUAAUGUUUGUAAAGAAGCUGUGGACCUGAGGGAUGUCGAUGCACCCCACAGUAGAGCGUUAUAUGUCUAUCCUCCAAAUGUAGAAUCUUCGCCAGAAUUGCCAAAGCACAUAUACAAUAAAUUAGAUAAAGGGCAAAUAAUAGUGGUGAUUUGGGUGAUAGUUUCCCCAAACAAUGACAAGCAGAAGUACACUUUAAAAAUCAGUCAUGACUGUGUACCAGAACAUGUGAUCGCUGAAGCAAUCCGGAAAAAAACACGGAGUAUGUUGCUGUCAUCUGAGCAGCUAAAGCUCUGUGUUUUAGAGUAUCAGGGCAAAUAUAUUUUAAAAGUUUGUGGAUGUGACGAGUAUUUGCUAGAAAAAUAUCCUCUUAGCCAAUAUAAGUACAUAAGAAGCUGUAUGAUGCUUGGCCGGAUGCCCAAUCUGAUGCUGAUGGCUAAAGAAAGUCUUUACACCCAGCUACCACUGGAUACUUUUACAAUGCCAUCUUACUCCAGGCGAAUCUCCACAGCCACACCAUACAUGAAUGGAGAAGCUUCCACCAAAUCCCUUUGGGGCGUAAAUAGUGCACUCCGAAUAAGAAUUCUUUGUGCAACUUAUGUCAAUGUAAAUAUUCGAGACAUUGAUAAGAUCUAUGUUCGAACAGGUAUCUGCCAUGGGGGAGAGCCAUUAUGUGACAAUGUGAAUACUCAAAGAGUACCUUGUUCCAAUCCCAGAUGGAAUGAAUGGCUAAUGUAUGAUAUAUACAUUCCUGAUCUUCCACGUGCUGCUCGACUUUGCCUUUCCAUUUGUUCUGUUAAAGGCAGGAAAGGGGCAAAAGAGGAACAUUGCCCUUUGGCUUGGGGAAAUAUUAACCUCUUUGAUUAUACAGACACUUUGGUAUCAGGAAAAAUGGCUUUGAAUCUGUGGCCAGUACCUCAUGGAUUAGAAGAUUUGCUGAAUCCUAUUGGAGUUACUGGGUCAAAUCCCAAUAAGGAAACUCCAUGUUUAGAGCUGGAAUUUGACUGGUUUAGCAAUCCUGUAAAAUACCCAGAUAUGUCAGUGAUUGAAGAACAUGCUAAUUGGACUGUAUCUCGAGAACUAGGAUUUAACUAUUCCCAUGCUGGGCUGAGUAAUAGAAUAGCUCGAGAUAAUGAAUUAAGAGAAAAUGACAAAGAACAACUCCGGGCCAUUUGUACACGAGACCCCCUGUCUGAGAUCACUGAGCAAGAAAAGGACUUCCUAUGGAGUCACAGGCAUUAUUGUGUCAAUAUACCAGAAAUUCUACCUAAACUUCUUCUGUCUGUUAAGUGGAAUUCCAGAGAUGAAGUAGCCCAGAUGUAUUGCUUGGUAAAAGAUUGGCCACCAAUCAAACCAGAACAGGCCAUGGAACUUUUGGACUGUAAUUAUCCAGACCCUAUGGUUCGAGCUUUUGCUGUCCGAUGUUUGGAGAAAUAUUUAACAGAUGACAAACUUUCUCAGUACUUAAUUCAACUCGUUCAGGUUCUGAAGUAUGAACAAUAUUUGGAUAACCUGCUUGUGAGAUUUUUACUCAAGAAAGCACUAACAAAUCAAAGGAUAGGACACUUUUUCUUUUGGCAUUUAAAGUCUGAGAUGCAUAAUAAAACUGUGAGCCAGAGAUUUGGCUUGCUUUUGGAGUCAUACUGCCGAGCAUGCGGGAUGUAUCUAAAGCAUUUGAAUCGGCAAGUAGAGGCCAUGGAGAAACUGAUUAACCUCACCGACAUUCUCAAACAGGAAAAGAAGGAUGAGACACAAAAGGUACAGAUGAAGUUCUUGGUGGAACAAAUGAGACGGCCUGAUUACAUGGAUGCUUUACAAGGCUUUAUCUCUCCCCUUAACCCUGCUCAUCAAUUAGGAAAUCUCAGGCUCGAGGAGUGUCGUAUUAUGUCCUCUGCAAAAAGACCAUUGUGGUUGAAUUGGGAGAACCCAGACAUCAUGUCAGAAUUACUAUUUCAGAACAAUGAGAUCAUCUUUAAAAAUGGGGAUGACUUACGGCAGGAUAUGCUAACCCUUCAGAUCAUUCGAAUUAUGGAAAAUAUCUGGCAAAAUCAGGGUCUUGAUCUUCGGAUGCUCCCUUAUGGUUGUCUAUCAAUUGGGGACUGUGUUGGCCUCAUUGAAGUGGUCCGGAAUUCUCAUACCAUCAUGCAGAUUCAGUGUAAAGGUGGUCUGAAAGGGGCCUUGCAGUUCAACAGCCAUACAUUACACCAGUGGCUCAAAGACAAGAAUAAAGGGGAAAUAUAUGACGCAGCCAUUGAUUUGUUUACACGUUCAUGUGCUGGAUACUGUGUGGCUACCUUCAUUUUGGGAAUUGGUGAUCGUCACAAUAGCAAUAUCAUGGUGAAAGAUGAUGGACAACUAUUUCAUAUAGACUUUGGACACUUUUUGGAUCAUAAGAAAAAGAAAUUUGGCUAUAAGCGAGAGCGCGUGCCCUUCGUCUUGACUCAAGACUUCUUGAUUGUGAUUAGUAAAGGAGCCCAGGAAUGCACCAAGACAAGAGAAUUUGAAAGAUUUCAGGAAAUGUGCUAUAAGGCUUACUUAGCUAUUCGGCAACACGCCAAUCUCUUCAUCAAUCUUUUCUCUAUGAUGCUUGGCUCUGGGAUGCCUGAGCUACAGUCCUUUGAUGAUAUCGCAUACAUUCGAAAGACCCUGGCCUUGGAUAAGACUGAGCAAGAGGCGUUGGAGUAUUUCAUGAAGCAGAUGAAUGAUGCUCAUCAUGGGGGCUGGACAACCAAAAUGGAUUGGAUUUUCCAUACAAUAAAGCAGCACGCUUUGAACUGAAGCAGUAGCCUCGGGGCCACUCCGCACUGCUCUCACUGUCAGCAGGCCAAGGCUGCUUGCCCAGGAAUCGCACAAACCAUGAACAGCAUUAGAAUCGACAGCAGGAACCUUGAUCCACUCUUUCUUCUACCAUUGAAACAACAUAAACGCAAACAGGGUUUGAUAGCACUAAACUAGUACAUUUCAGAAUUAAGCUUUAGUCUAAUGCGCAAUUUCAUGUUAUGCCUUAAGUCCAAAAAGGUAAACUUUGAAGAUUGUUUGUAUCAUUUUUUAAAAAACAAAACAAAAUAUAUAGAAACUGAUGGUUAAGGAGAGAGAAUAAUGUUCUUUUUGUGUUGCAAAUGUUGUAUGUUUUGAAACGUGAAAGCGACAAAGUUUGUCAUUACUUCAAGUCCAAGGAAACCAGAGUGGUGUUGAGCUGCAUGAGAAUUGCUAAGAAUGAAAAUCCAUCACUUUUCCAUUGUAUUGAAUUUAGAGUUUGAAGUGAGUUUUUUGACUCCCAGUUCUCAUGAAGAAAAACACUUGGGGUGGAACAGAAUCUUUAAAUUUCACUAGGGACUUUUUCCUUUUUAAAAAAUCAAACCUUUUGAUGACUUUGGGCCUUAUCUGCAUAGUUUGGGGAGAAAGUAGAAAUGAGACCUUUUAGAAGGUGCUUUUCCCGGACAAACAUUUACAAGGAUCCGAUUGUUCAUUUCCCAGGGAAAUUCUGAGCUCCUAUGGAAAAUAAACUGCCAUAGAAAAGGAAUGAGAAGGACUAGCUGUCAUGUACCAGAAUCGUGCAGUGUUCAUCUUAGCUUUGACAUUUUUCCCUCUUUUUGCGAUUGAACUGAAUACAUUUUUCAUGCAUGUUUUCCAGAACCUAGAAGAAAGUAUUAAUGUUAUUAAAAGAUUAUUUUUUAUAAAAGGCUAUUUAUAUUAUAAAAACUAUCAUUAAUAUAUACUCUUUAUUUAGAUUAUCUGUCCCAUAGUCAUGCAUUUAUUUUACAGCCUCAGAUAUUUUGGUAUAAGACUCUGCCAUCCAUAGUGACAUAAUUAGUCAUUCUCUUGGUCUUUGAGAGAAGCCCAGGCACUCUUCCAUAAUGUACACCAUUGCCCAGGGAUACACUGUUAAAGUUGGCUAAAUAUCCUGCUUAGGACCACCUCUUUCCUCCUUUUCACUUUUAUCUCCUCUCUCUCUCUUUCUCUCUCUCUCUCUCUCUCCUAUCAAAAAAAAUUUAAUCAGUUUACAUCAGCUCAGUAACAUACAGAUUCUUGUCCUGUUUGCAUUAACCUUCUCCUAAAGUGGAAGCACUUAUAAAGAAAGGAUCCUUCAAAGCAGCAGGGAAAAAGAAACCAGGAACGGUAUCUGUUUGCGGGCUCUUUGCUGAUAUCUGUAAUAAAAAUGGAACCCAAAGUGAUUAAGAUUGGUUCCCACUUUAAAGUGGCCAGGGUCCAUUUUUCAAGUUUCUUAAGUUGAACUUAAGCCCAGGAUAAAUUCAUAAACAUUUGGAAGAAGUGAUUCACCCUCUUUUUUUUUUUUUAAUUGGGAGUUGCAAGGGAAGGGGUUAGGUUGUGAGGACACUUUUCUUUGCUAUAGACCAGAAUUCUACAUGAUAUUUGGAAUAAAUGCCUGCGGGCCUAGGAAACAGCGUCUGCAGAUGUCUUUGUGCCACCAGAAAAAAAAAAGUGCAAUAAUGGAGAGGGGCUGGCAAGUGUCUAGGUUAGGCGUGAUAUUGGAAUAUUAACUUUAUAAAAACUGUACAUUGUGUUCUCUGUAUUGGUAAUAAGCUAUCGAAUGGUUUACUUCAUUUAGAAAAAGUUCUUAAAUUAAAUUAGUUACUUAUCCUAGAGCCUUGGAUCAAGUAAGCCAGGGACUGUAAUGCCAAGAUUCAUAAAACAUAUUUGGCUAUUUUAGGACGCAUAUGGAUAUAGGCUCCCUAGAGUUAGUUGUUGAAGAUUUAGGUACUUUAUUAAAGCAUGUAAAUAAUACUGUCUUAGUGAAAGCCACUGAGAAAAAUAAAUUUGGAGUAUUGGAAUAUUCAUUUUUCUUAUUUAUAAUUUACUGUCUCAGAACAGUUGAGCAGAUUUUCAACCCUUUGCUGUUAAGUAUUUGAUAGUUGUUCUCCUUUGCAGUUACAAAAGCUUUCAUAGCUUAUAGAUUCUUUCUUCUUAUUUGACGCAUAACCAUGAUGUGUCAUUCAUUUUUAAUUGGCCCAUGACACAUACUGGCAUUUUACCUUUUUCAAUAUCAGGGAUUGAUUAUGGGAAAACUCAGUGAAGUACACCUCUGAAACCCUGAUCAGGUUUCUUAAAGUCAUAACAGAUAAUUUUGUUUUUAUCCAGAUGUCCCUAAAGCAAUAAUAUUAUGAGUCUCCUUGCACAGAAAUAACAAGAUAUUUGCAUUGCUCACAUUGAUAGAGAUCACUUUCUAGAGCCCUGGUGAAAAUUUGUGCAUAAAUUACUGAAGCCAAAUUCAUUUAGUUUCAGUUUAUCUGAGCUGUGUAGAAAAAUUCAGGAAAAAAAAGUUUUAAAAUAGGAGCCAAACUAAAGUGACCUGAAAACAAGCUGAAUCGUAAACAGAUCUAAGCAGAACCGGGCUUAGGAAAAGAAAAGCUGAAAAAGAGAAAGGAGAAAAGAAAGGUUCCAGAAGGCCAAACCAUUGCAGCUUGAAUUAAGGAGACUGUGGAUGAUUCAAAUUGAUUUCAGGUCAGAGGACAUGUAACAGGCUCUAAAAUUACUUAACUAUAGGGAUUACUUCAAUUCCCAAAACCACCUCUCAGAACUUCAACUGUAACCAUCAACUUUCGGUAUCAUUGGCUCUCCCAAGAAAUAUUUUCUUGCCUAAAUCAUUUGGAGAAGGAGAAAUGGAGCACAUUUUUGAAGAGCAGAAGCCCUAAUGUUUAAUACAACCUAGAAAGAAAUUUUUAAAAGCUUUUUUGACCUUUCAGCAUAGUCUCUCCUUAAAGGGACACGCCCAUUUUGAAGACUGAAAAUGCGUCUCUAAAUCAGAGAGUAGAUUUUAUUUGACGUUUUACCGUAGAGCUUGUUUCUCUUGGUUCUUAAGUGUCACCUGUAAAAUUGUGUCAAAAAUAAUCAAUUCCGAGAUUUGUCCCAUAAUCGAUUUGUGUUUAUAAGCCCAUUAAGAAAAUGGGGAACUGGUGAAUAUGUAAUGAUUUGUAAAAUAUUUUAAUGUAAUUUUUUCAACUGUGAAACUGACUAUUGGUUUUUUGAUGAAAACAGGCUGCUGAUAAAGUAUUUUUCUGUAAAGUGUAGUCUUUCCUAAAUGAGAAUACGCUGUAUUGAUUAGAGUGUGUGGACACUUGGGUUUUUUUCCCCUUUUCCUUUUUUAAAGUGUCUUGCUAGGUUUUCUUAAAGGUAAACCAGACUGACUGUAUAAUGUGGUGGUUUUUAACUGAAAAUUGAAUGGUUUGGGAUCUUGUAGGAAAGAUUUAAGGAGCCUGCAUAUUUCAAAGGCAUCCCAGCAAUUUCACAGCCCAUAGAUAAGUUGGUACUUGAUUACUCCCGACUGUUUUGGUUAGUUUUCAUCUCAGUAAUUUUGUAAAUCCAUUUCAGUCCUGUUGUGAUCAGUAACUCAUGCUUGCUAACUCUUUAAAGACAUUUCCUUUGCUUCAUUCUGUAACCAGCAUGUUAACCUCAGCUCUGAACAACUGGAAUGUUCCUUCUCCUUUCCUGUCCUGCAGACCUGGGUUGGACCCAUGAAGCAUCUGAAAAGUCCCCCUUAAGAAGUCAUAAUUUGGAUGCCUCAGACAUCCCCAAAGUACUUCCAUGGGGUUAGUGAAGUGUUAUCUGCUCCUUCCACUCUCUAAACACAACUUUCUUGUUUCUGGUUUUGUUUUGUUUUGUUUUUUACUUGGAUAAGCCAUCACUUUUCUUACCACUCCUGUCAGAUGUGGCACACCCUGUGCUACACAGAGGGCCAAAAGCUAUUAGAAUACAUUGUUCCUAGAGUGAAUGUCAGCCCCUUCAGUUGAGUCUGGUUUCAUAUGAUUCCAUUUACCCAAGUAGCCUGCCAAUCCGUCCUGAAUUAGAUGAUUACAGCAGUAGUUUCCAUUCAGAUUUAUAACUUUCUGAUACUCAAUCCUGGGUUCUGGCCUUUGUCCCAGAACCCUGAGCGGUGCUUGAGAUAACCAUCUGGUAGGAAGCCUGAACUGGGAAAAGACUAAUACCACCAGGUUGUUUUUUUGUUUUUAAAGGGCAUCCACAAAUACUGUUUACUUUUCCACAACCUUUUUAAAACAGACUGCUUCACGUCUGGGACUGACUGGAGGUGCUGUGGCCUUGAGAAACUCUUCAAAACAGCUCAGUCUCUGGUUCCUGAGCAUAUCGAUUUGGGAAACUAUACAAGAGAUGACAUAGAUCUAACUCAAUUUGAUUAAAGGCUCUCCUUCUUAAGGCCCAUGCUAUUGGGAGUCAACCCACAGAAGUAAAUACACUUGGCUUUCAAGUCAGCAAAGCACUGUGGAUUUUUAACUCAGACUAUUUUCGUGACACUUACAGCAGAUCUUCUCUGAAAGCCACUGGAAAACUUCUGUUUUUCUCAUCAGUGGGCCAGCUCCAUUUGGGGGGGGUUAAAAAAUAGCCAACAGAUUUGAUAGUACUGUGAAUGGGGGGUUAAAUUCUUAGUUUUCUGUUCUUCAUUAAUAGCAGCCUUUUGGUAUCUGUAGAUACACACACAUAUGUAUGCAUGUACAUAGAUACAUGUACAUAUGUGUGUUGUUUGUAUGCAUGUAUACUUAAGUGUACACUGCUAGGCCUUUAUUUUAUUUUUUUAGGCCUUAAUUUUAUUGCUUUCAGAGUACUUAAGAUUAGCAAAGGUACUUUCGGGAGCAUUUGGAAUACAGUGAAGUUUCCAAGUCAAGGAGUCAACUUUUAAAUAGGUUUGUAUUUCAUUUCACAUAUGCCACUCCUUUAAGGACCCUCAUUUUUUACUCUUAAUAGCCACCAUGCUGUACCUCCAACUUGAUCUUAGGAAUAGUACUAUAUUCCAGCUAGCCAAGAAACUGUUAACUAGGCCACUAGUUUAGAGCUUAAAACAAAAAUUUCACCUUUAAAGCCCAGCUGUGGGCAAAAGUUUUAAUUUUUUAUGUUUAGUCAAAAAUAACAAAUCUGGCCCAUUAUACUGAUGCUACACUGCCUUGGGCUGCUAAUGCUCACAACUUACCAUCACUGGAAUCAUACAUUUACACCUAGUAAAUGUGUGAGGACCUAGUAAAGCCUGAGAACUGUUGUUGGGUUUGUUUGUUUUUUAACCUGUGUGCAAUCUUGAUUUAAACUGUUACGAAGAUAAAACUAUCCUGUGUGGUGUUAGCUUGUCCAGACCCUUUUGUAUCUGUCUUGGGUUAGCAAGGAAACUAGAAGGGAUUCCUUUUUAAUAAUUUCUCAAAGUAAUUUAGUCACUUAAAGCCAGCUUCCCAAUUCCAUUUUGAUUUUUUUAUACAAUAAGAUCUAUAUCUGCUGAUUAAAAAAAAAUUACUAAAUUUUUAGGAAUUGAGGAUGGUGGAACCCACCUGGAAGCCCUGCUUCUGGGGAGUUUUGAAUGGCAGUAGGGCUGCCUAUAUGAUGUCAGCACUAAGUCCGGCCCCACAAUUAGCCAUGGGGUUUCCUGAGGAGGGGUACACCAGCAGGGACCAAGACUAGGACCAAGGCUUUGCAGCUCCCAUUUCAAUGUUCUUCCUAAUGCACCAAAGGACCCAAAAGCAUGUUUUCUCAUUUCAAAACGUCCACAAAUCUCAUUAAUAGCCAGGAAAGUCAUACCAGAAACAGAAUAGUUAUGACCUGACAUACUUUGGAACCUUUGGAAAGAAGGAAAUCUUGUGGCAUAAUGCAUUAUACUGAUUUUUUUUAAGGUUUUUAAAUCUUUUUUUUAUUAUAGGCUAAGAAGUAUUUAAGACACAGCAAGCUGCAUGUGUUUGUUGUAUUGAAAAUGUAGAGUAUUGCAGCAUUAAUUCAAUUUAAGGUGUCAUCUUUCAUAGUCUUGUUAGUCCUGGCAAGAAGACUUUGGCCUAUGACUGCACUCAGUGUAGUUGUGAUCAGCAGAAACUGUUCUGCCUUUUCUUUUCACUUUGCAGUCUGUAACAUCAUGCUAUUUAUUAAAAAAAAAAAAGACAAAACAAAAAAUAAUAAUUUGUACUUAUGUGUCCGAACAU